AUGGGAAGCAACUCGGAGAUGGCGGAGGAUGAUCAGGGCAAAACAGGUAUUGCCGUCUGGAAAAUGGCCCUGAGAGCCCGGGCCUAUUGUCCUCACUGCUCGAGAGGGAGGCACGCGGAGAGCCCAUUAGCCUGUUUCCGCCGAGAAUUCCACACUGUGACGCUUAUUCGUGUUAUUUGUGACGAGAUCCCGGGCGUGAAGUUUUGCAUGCCGUUACUCCUGCUGCUAUCGUAUGACUCUCCUCGCGGAGGCAUAACGGUGGUGACAGAGCACGGGCCGACGUCCACCUCUCGCCUGCUCAUUCAGAAGGCUACGCUGAGCGACGCUGGGAGAUACACCUGUCGACCUGCCAACGCCGAUCCGCACUUCCUCACCGUCCACAUCAUACAUAACGAGCAUCCAGCCGCCAUCCACCACAAGAACGGCACGUCAUCCGCCGCGGGCGUGCACCAGCGGGCCUCCUCCAGCCACUCUCUCUCCCUCAUGCUCCUCAUGCUCGUCCUCAUCACGGCCUGCAACGUCCUGCCGAGUGAGAACUACAAAGCCUGUCAGGUCGUGAGCAGGGGCAGCGGCGGCGGCGGCGGCGGGAUGCCUAAUGCUUCCGGUGACAAGCACAGAUCUUCAGAAGGCUUUCGGAGGCGCGGGCUCUCGCCUAAUGGCUCGCGAGAAAGACCCUUUUCCUUUGAUCUGCGCGCCUCUUCCGGCUUCCCUGGCGAGUCCCGAGAGGCCGGGCGGAGAGGGCGGCCCUUUGUCGCGCCCCUCGGCCGAGGCGGCUCCGACCUGCGCGUCCGCUGUUGCAACGGCCUCGCCAGUGCUCUUGGCGACGGGCACAGGAGUCGCAGCAACCUCUCCUGCGAACUUGGGCGCUUUCUGCACGGACUGCGGCGCCACGGAGAUUCCUGCCACGAUUCCCGCCGUCAUGCCAGCUCCUGCGAGACCUCGUGCUCCCCCAGCGAGGCCUCCGUAGUCUCCAGAUUCCGAGAUCGUCCGCUGUGCCCUCCGCGCCGCCACCCAGAUGCACUCAUCGAUCACAGCAUCCGCUCUGACGUGUCCUCCGCCCUCACCCCUUCCUCGCGUGGCCCUCAUGACCAUAUCGUCCCCAGCGCCCCCCGUCGGCCCCGAGGGAGACCGGCCGAGGGCGCUCUCUCCCCCGAGGUCGCCCGGGCCGGCGGCGUGGCCCCCUCGCCGGGAGAAUCUCGCGCGAGGGCCCUCCGGUGCGAAGUGAAAAGGGGGAAUUCGCCGCCGCCGCUCUCGGCCCGCGUCGGCGUGAAUGGCGAAAUGGAGGCGUCGGUGUCAUCGCUGGCCUAGAGCCCCGACAAAAUUUUGAUGUACAUUGCAUUGGAGUUAUUUUAUAUGUGCCUUCCAGUAUCCUUAAAUAUGUAUGAAGAUUGGCGCGUGGAGUCUCAGUGAAUGGAGAUCGCUGAACGAAAAGAUCGGACAUUUUUUCCCCAUUUUUUACCUUUUUUUUUUCAAUUUUCGUGUGUAUGUUAACGUGUGCAUCCGUGUAAAGAACUUAACAGUAGAUUCUUUUUUUUUUUUUUUUGAAUGAGAGACUCGACAGAAUAACUAUAUAAGUACAUGAACAAACAUUUCAAGUCUUUAUCUCGUAAAGUAAUAAAAUAAAUAUAUAUAUACUAUAGUUUCUUGACAAAAAAAAAUAUAUGUGAUUCUUAUAUGUAAGCAGAAUCGAUACAGGCUUGGAUGUUGUUAAAGCGAGUCAUGAUAUUUUUGAAACGUGACUUAAUAUACUUUUUACAAUGACAUGAACUUAGUCCUUAAUUAUGUAAACAAAGGACACUCUCCACGUUUCGCAUCGAGGCAGCCGGCCCGCGCUGUCGGAAUUCAUGGUGAGAAGAGAAAAGAAAAAUCAUCUUUCUGAGAUAAUAGCGUUUGGUUUAUGUGACAUUGUUGUUCGUAAAAAUAUAUGUCGAUGUGAAUUAUU